CUGUCUCCCGACAGUUCCGCCGUUAAGCCAGCCAUCCAGAACCUUCAAACCAUCUACAGCGACUCCGAAUCCCUUGCCCCGGUCAACAACUGCUAUCGGUUCUGGGUGGCCAACCGCCCCUUCGACGCGGAUACCAGCCCGGACCUAUUCAUCCGGCACACCUGCCUGGCUAUGCUGUGCAGACUGAUGGCCUACCGCUUUCUCGAGCCCCGGCCGACGGAUCGGGUCCUCUGGGAAGUGAUGAGCGGUGACUAUUUUGCCGGGGCCGGACUGAGCAAUUUCCUGGGGGAGGACUUUUUUUCGUGGCCCUUCUUCCGGCUGUCGAUGGGGAUCGGAGACGACGCGUUUUCCUUGGAGACAGCCAAGUCACUGAUGGGAGCCCUCGAGUUGCUCCACCUGGACCAGCCGGACGUGGAACUCCUAUCCAGCCUCUACCAGGAGUUUCAGGGGGCGGACGGCAAACCCUGCCCGCAACUGGAUCUGUCAAUUUUCGAAGGCAAUCCGUCGCAGACAUGCAUUGGCCCGUACUGCGGCGAUGGGAACUCGCUCUCCCGGAUGGUUCGGGCGGCGCUGGAUGCGCGCCUAACUGCCGGCCAGAUUCCCCCGGACGCAUUGCUGGAAGUAUCCGGGCAGUUCAUUGGCAUGACUUCCGACCCCCUUGGGGCCAACCUCGCCAGCGUGGCCUUCCUCGUGGCCCUGGGAGAGGAAGUCAUCGAGCCGCACCCUCCCAUUCUAAUUCCCGUCUACAUGGCGCACGGAAUCAAUUUGCCCACUGAGAGAAAGGACGGCGACGGCUCCAGCAUCUACAUCAUUGAUUCGGCUGGGGGGGCCACUUUGCCUGAGCGAGUGGCCACUGACCCGCUGUACCUCGACUGGCUGUUCGGCCGCCUGCCCAACUACCUGCGGGGCGCUGCGCUGCGGCUUCGGGCACAACCCGAGGACGUGGCGGUGCAGGAGGUGUUGAACGCCUGGUACAACUACCUUACCUCGCCCAAGGCCCGUACUCCCAUUCCAGACCCGCUUACCCCGGAGGCGGCCGACGUGAUGGUCGAGGCCGCACGGAUACUGAUCCUUCAGUACGUCGGCGGUUCUGGGCCUGGACCCCUUCACCUGGUGAGGAACGCGCCCGCUCCGCUGUUCGCAUCUAAGCGGUCUUUUGACAUGCUGCUAUGGCCGGCGGAGAUCGCCAGGGACGACGAUCUGAGAUCCAUCUGUGCCGCCCGAUUCCUGGGAGACGACGGCCAGAUCGUUGCGGCCUGA